AUGGAUACUAUGGAGAUGGUAAUGGAACGCAUGAGCCGGAAGAGAAGCAGAGCCAGUUCUAACGCGCCAUCACGCGACGCUCGACGCGUUCCAGCGCCUGUAAGCUCUGCACCAUCACGCAGUGCUACACCACAGCCUAUUCCUGCAACUCCUCACCAUUACCGGUAUUACAGUGAGCGCGUUGUUGGUGAAGCAUCCCUCACACCACUCUCUCCGGUCACCCCUCGCCAAGGUCGUCGCACUCUGCGCGAUCCAUCUCAAUUGGUACCGCGUGACCAUCUUGAUUUUAGAGUUCCUGAGCAACACAUAAACUAUCCCAAGACGCCUGCUGGCCGUCACAUUUAUUCCUCUUCCGCACGUCGCACACCUUCUCUGUCUUCAAGCCCUGCACGUAUUGUCAAUCUUGUCUCUUCACCCGGACCAAUGAGACCGAUACCUCUUGCGCAGGAUGACAAAGAUGAUCUUCCCUACGUCCUGCCUCCUGGUCCAUACCAAACCGAAAAGCCUGACUUCUCGUACGCGGCGAUGAUCGGACAAGCCAUUCUAUCAUCUCCUCAGCACCGUUUGACUUUGCAGGACAUAUAUGAAUGGAUCGCCACGGUGUAUUCACACUACAAACGUGGAGAGCAGACUUGGAUGAACUCCGUUCGGCAUGCACUCAGCACAAUGGCUGUCUUCCGCAAAGUUCCCAGAGUGCGCACCGAAGGGAAGAGCCUCUGGGCAAUAUGGGAUGAUGAUCUUGAGUGCUUUGCCAAUGGAGGAUUCCGGAAGGCCUUCUGCGUUGAUAUGCAGAACGAUCGCUCUAAGCAGAGUUCCAAGAAGCGCGCAAUGGAGGACGCAGUGCCAAAGAAAACUAAGAAGCGGAAGAAAUUGGAAGAUGUCGACGUCAGUACUACUGGGCCACCGCCUCCCAUGCUACCUGCUUCGGUGUUAGCUCCCUUCUUUCCUUCUUUCCACCCUAAUCCGCAUCACCAGCCCUACUACCAGACCUACACUUCGCAACCUCUUCCUGCGGAGGUGAUUUUCCCACCGCUGCCGGCGUCCUCAAACUAUCAUCAAGUGAUAGCCCGUUCAAAUGCAUCGCGGUCAGAGUCUAUCGAGUCGAUUGCAGUAGGCAGAAAUGUACAGGAGGAGACCGAGGAACCCGAACCACCUCGACGCGGUCGUGAUCCUUCUCCCAAAUUUAUAUCUUCGUCCAGUCCUGUACCUGACUUGACGCCAAACUGCAGUUCGUCAUCUAGUCCCUUACCCUCGUCAAUUACAAGCCUCUCCAGGGAAAGUCAAUCCCCCGCAAGGCGGAAACAAGUUGGGCUCACAAAUCACGGGGAGGAACCAGAAGACACAGACUCGGAUUGGCUCGGAGUGUGCCCCUCCGUCGAUUCUCUGGAGCCCGGCUUUACACUUCUCUCCCACUAUCUUGGCCCCAGCAAGAAGCCGGGCCGAGACAAGCGCCCUCAGGCUUUCUCCUUACCUCUAAGGCAAGUGUCUCCGACGCCGACUCGGAGAGUCAAGAGUGGGAAACAAGCCAAGCACGGCAGAGUCGCGAUCACUCCGCCCCCAGCUGGACCGUCAGUUGGACCAUCCACGCCUCCGCGGAAACGCGUCGCAAGCGGGAGCGGCAUACAAUUGUCUCCUAUUAGGACGCCAAUCUCUCACAUGGGUCUGCAUAUGAGCCCUUCGCCGAGUCUUGCUCACUACAAGUUGCACUUGGACCCUCCGCCCAUUGCGGUCUAUCAUCCCCAAGCUCCGCUCUUGAGCGUCUCGUCAGACCGCGAACUAUCCCCGUCCGUCGCCGUACAUUCUGGCAAUGUACAUACACCGUCGCGCAAGCGGUCAUCGGCCACAGACUUCUUGUUGCCAGUCACUCCCAAGAGGCUGGUUUUCUCCACACCGACUAGUGAAUCUCCAUUCCGCACCCCUUCGCGGUCGAUCCUCGACCCUCAUGAUCCAAGCACCCUUCUUGACGAGGAAUUGUGCCGACUUGGAAGUCAAGUUAGUCCCGGGUAUUCUACACUUUUCGGCAGAUCUUCCGGCUUGCUCUAUGAGAGCCCUGGCAGCGGUCGCAGCCCUGCCAGCUGGGGCAAUUUCUGGUAA